GUAGGAAACACGGAACGUGGCUGGAUGACAGGUGAAAGCUUUUACAGUUAUAUAAGUAAUGUAUUUUACAAAUGGCUACAAGAGAACAAUUACGUGUUUCCUAUCAUCUUAUAUGUAGACGGACAUAGCUCACAUAUGACGCUACCACUACUUAAGUUCUGCAAAGAGCAUCUUAUAGAACUAGUAGUGCUCUAUCCAAAUGCCACACACAUCAUACAACCAUUAGAUGUUGCUGUCUUCCAUCCACUGAAGGAUUCUUAUAGAAAAGUGUUACGUCAAUGGAGAAUUGACAAUAAUGUUGUUGAGGUUAAGAAACAUAUGUUUGCUCCAGUUUUAAAAAUGGCCUUGGAAUCGUAUGAUCUCACUGACGCUGUUAAAAAUGGUUUUAGAGCCUGUGGCUUAUAUCCAUUCAACGCUGAUGCAGUUAACUAUAAUGUUUUAAGCAAGAAGAGUAAGAAGAAAGACGCAAGCAUUAAUCUACAUUCAACCAACAAUUCAGAUCAAGACAGUAUCAUAAAGAAUACAGAACUUUUAGCUAUGUUUGAAAAAAAUGUUAUUUCUCCGGAUAUCGUAGAGUCUUUCAAACAAGCUGAAUCAGAAAACAAAUGGAAUGGUGAUGUAAAAUAUCUGGCAUUAUAUGAAUCUUGGCUUAAGCUGAAAAAACUAUGUAGUGAAAUGCAUGAUGUACCUUCAAAUGAAGCUCUAACAGUUGAAAAUUCAUUACCAGCUGAUCAACCAAUACCAAAUGCUGAUUUGAUUGGUAUGGCAACUAAUAACGCAUCCGGAGCAACUGAUGAAAUCAUGCUUGAUGCUUCAAGUCAUUCCGACAACCAGCUGGACUUGUCUGUUAUCAACGUAGCGGAUGAAAACUCAUUGGACAUGAGUUAUGCUAUAACUCCAAGCAUCGAACAAAAUACUCUAGCAGAAUUGCCAGUAGCAGAGUUAAUUGAGUUGUACGAUGAACUGGGCAAUCGUGUAACAGCCACAGUUAUAGCAAUAAAUGAUGAUGUGACUAUGAGCAACGACAGCUCCCCAAGUAACGCAGAUACCAGAGUUGACAGUCAACUUGUACCGGAAGAAAAAAAUAAAGAUGACUUGGAUAAGACUGACAGUGAAGAGUUUAAUAGUGACUUGAAUAGAGAAUCAAGUAGUUCUCAUUGUUUGAAUAUAUCAAACAAAGAUGACGUUCUGGAUUUCACGAUAACUUCCGAAGGUACCAAUGAGUCUGAGAAUACUGUAAAUACAGAGCAAGAAGACUCUCAUGAUUCUGUUAAAGCUCCUGUACAGACUGAUACCUUAGAAAAAACUAGUCCUGUGUUUGGAACUUCUGUAUUAAGCAAACACAAUUCUAUAAAUGUCAUAAAUGACAAUAACAGUCACCUAAGCAUCGACGAAGAAUCUAACUCAAGUACUUGUGGAAGUAAAAAUGAUAUACAAAUAUCACCUAAGCUACAAGAAUUUUUCCCUGUACCUACGUUUACGAAGAAGAGAAAAAAAAGUACUUCUAAAAAUACCCCAACUGUGGCUGUUGUUGACGACCUGUUGAUAGCGAUGCAACAGAAAGAAGCAGAAAAAAAAGAAAAAGGGCAACAAAUUUUAUUGAACAAACAAGAAAGGGAAAAGGCAAAAACAAUAAGAGACAAAGAAACAACUAUUGUGAAGCAAUAUAAUGAAAAUAAGAAGAAAAAAAUACAAAAGAAGAAAGAACUUAAAUUACAAAUACAGAAUUUGAAGAAGACAAUCAAAUCGGAAAACAGCAAAGAAAAUGUUGGUCCCUUAACAGAGCGGCUCCAGAAAGUGAAUGCCGAAUUAGCUGAAUUGGAAAAUUCAUUAAUUCUAGAGGAAAUGGAGUUUUUACAAACAAAAAUUAAAAUGAAAAAAGAAAAAUGUGAUUCCACUGUAUGAAAUGUUAUUUUUAUUAAUGUAACGUAACUUCUUUAUUGUUCUUAAGUGCAUUAUUUUUGUACUAAAAUAAUAAAAUUUAAAAAAGAAAUGAAUACUAGAAUGUAUGUGCAUUUAUCACUUCUAUUUCUAUUAUUUUAUCAUUAUUAUCAACUUCAUUUACCUAAUUGAUAUCCCGUAUUAAAGUAUUGUACAACUAUUAGGU